CACGUGACAAACACAAGUCUUUUGCUUCCUGAUGUGAUGUUUCAGAACUGCACCAAUGACGGCUACUGGCAGCAGCGCGUUAGCGUUUUUUAAGUCUGCACGGCUCGUCAUAUACGACGUAGGGGCUGCGUCCACUUUACCAAAAGGGUCGCGUGGCAUUUCAGGGUGGCCGCUGCGACGCCACGCUUGUUGGAGGGGGACGCGAGACAAACUGACGGAAGGGGUCGAAGAGAUGAACAUAUCGCCGACCGAUCGCGACAUCGCGCGAAUCCACCGACGGGCCUGUGAGAAUGGACAGCAGACAUAUAAAGAUCCCGUGACUGGAUACCUGGUCUUCACCGAGUAUGCCCAUCUUCAGAGGGGAAAGUGCUGUGGUUCUGCAUGCAGACAUUGUCCAUAUGGUCAAGAAAAUGUCCAAGACCCUGCGAAAAAGAAAAAUUUCAAUUCACUUUUUUAUACCUAAAUAUGGACAUUUUGGUGCCAUUUUAU